UAAGACUGGAACUCUACUUACGAGUAGAGAACAAAUUAAAAGCUUUCAACAAAGGCUGGGAACUCGUUCUGGUGUCCAGAGCGGGCGACGAUGGGAAUGGGGUUUCCGGGGACUUAGACCUGAGUGAGCAGAAGUGUCCAGGUCAAGUCCGUGGACAUGACCUCGAGCGACACCUCCUGGGUACCUUGGGUACAAGCGUCUGGCAAUUGAAGAGUGGCAGUUAAACAAAACAGGGUCCCGAGCCCUGCAGUGCUACAGCUUUGAGCACACCUACUUCGGCCCCUUUGACCUCAGUGCCAUGAAGCUCCCUAGCGUCUUCUGUCCCUAUGGAUGCUUUGAGGCCAUCCUGUCCCUGGACACUGGGUAUCGCGCACCGGUGACCAUGGUGCAGAAAGGCUGCUGGACUGGCCCGCCUACGGGCCAGAUGCAAUCGAACCAGGACGCGCUGCCGCCAGACUUCUCGGUGGUGCGCGGCUGCGCGUCUGACUGGUGCAACGCCAACCUCGUCACCCACGACUCCAUCCCCAACCUGAGCCAAGCACCCGACCCACAGACGCUCAGCGGCACUGAAUGCUAUUCCUGCGUGGGGAUCCUCCCGGAGGACUGCGCCCCUGAAAAGUCCCGACGGGUCCAGUGUCACCAGGGCCAGAAUGUCUGCUUCCAGGGCAAUGGCAGAAUGGCAAUCGGCAACUUCUCAGUCCCUGUAUACAUCAGAACCUGCCACCGACCCUCCUGCACCACUGAGGGCACCACAAGCCCCUGGACGGACAUCGACCUCCAGGGUUCCUGCUGUAAGGGGAACUUCUGCAACCAGGAUUCAGUGACCCAGCCCUUCACCACCGCCUCAGCCACCGUCCCUUCCCUGGCGCCCCAGGUUAGGGCGCUGCUCCUCACCGUUCUCCUGCUGCCAGGGCUUUCUGUAUAGACUGCCCCUCCAGAAGACUGGGAGACAGGGUCACACACGCCCUUCUCCUCCACGCUUCACCCCUUUCUCCUCCAUGCUUCAGCUCCUACCCAUUUUACUAGAAAAUGAUGUCAAAAGAAGAGUUGUGCUCCUGUC